AGGGGUGGGGUGAGGGGCGGCGAGGAGGGCUGUAGGUGAAGCGCGGGGAGAGGGAGGUCGCCCGCUCCGGCCUCUCCCCCAGGGGCCCUGCGACUGGCCAGCGCUCCGGCUGCACCUCCUGGUGCGCGCCGCGGCGGCGCCACAGGCCCCUCGACCCUUUGACCACCGCCCUCGGGCCGCGCGUCCGGCAGCCGGGACCGGUGAUGGCGCGGGACUGACGGCCGUCUCCUCCCAGACCCCUCUGUCCCGCCUGGGGCUCGCUGGGGCUGCGGCGCCGCCCCGAGCUGCAUGUGGGGCGGGCGCGCCCGAGCCCAGAGCGAGCGGCCCUCGGCGCCCCCGAGGCGGUGCCCCGCCGCGCCAGAGUACGAGGAGGAGCGGCGGGCCGGGCCAGGCUCCCCACGCGCCGCAGCCUCGGAGCACGGGCUCCCCGGAGGGGACUUGGGGCGUCCCAGCCCAGGAGGAAGGACCCGGAAGCAGAAGCGGAGCCGCGAGUCGAGCCGAGCCACUGCCCCCGCUGCCCGCCGGCGCCGGGUGGGGGUCCCGGUGGCUGGAUGGGCAGCGGCGGCGCGGGCCGCGGGCGGCGAUGGGCGAGGAGCAGAGCACGGUGAGCGGCGGCGGCGGGCCCCAGGAGUCGCAGACCCUCGCCAGUGGCACUGCGGGCCACCCUGAGCUCCCGAGGCCUCAGGGGGACAGCGCCCGGGCGCCCCCGCUGCGCGCCGCCUCCGCGGAGCCGAGCAGCGGUGGCUGCGGAAGCGACUGGGGCUGCGCGGACACCAGCGCCCCGGAGCCCGCGAGGAGCCUGGGGCCCCCGGGCUGGAGUAAGAGCCGAGCACCGGCGCAGCCUGCGGGACUGGCACUCACCGGGCCUCUCAAUCCCCAGACCUUGCCACUGCAGUUGGAGCUGGAGGAGGAAGAGGAGGAAGCUGGGGAUGGAAAAGAGGGAGGGGAUGAACAGCAGGAGGCGCCCCCCGGCGAAGAGCUGGAGCCCAGGACCCGCGCGGGGGCCGCCGACGGACUGGUCCUGGACGUGCUGGGUCAGCGGCGCCCGCCCCUCGCCAAGAGACAAGUCUUCUGCUCCGUGUACUGCGUGGAGAGCGACCUGCCCGAGGCCCCCGCCUCGGAGCAGCUCUCGCCGCCCGCGUCGCCACCUGGGGCUCCGCCAGUGUUGAACCCUCCCAGCAGCCGCUCUUCCUUCCCCAGCCCCCGACUGUCCCUCCCAAAGGAUUCCCUCUCCCCCGACGGCGGCAGCAUCGAGCUGGAGUUCUACCUGGCGCCCGAGCCGUUCUCCAUGCCCAGCCUGUUGGGAGCUCCAACCUACUCUGGCCUGGGCGGUGUAGGGGAUCCCUAUGCGCCCCUCAUGGUGCUGAUGUGCCGGGUGUGCCUGGAAGACAAGCCCAUCAAGCCCCUGCCUUGCUGCAAGAAGGCCGUGUGCGAGGAGUGCCUCAAAGUCUACCUGAGCGCCCAGGUACAACUUGGCCAAGUAGAAAUCAAAUGCCCCAUCACAGAGUGUUUUGAAUUCUUGGAAGAAACAACUGUUGUCUAUAACUUAACGCAUGAAGACUCCAUCAAGUAUAAGUACUUCUUGGAACUUGGCCGUAUUGAUUCCAGCACCAAGCCAUGUCCUCAGUGCAAGCACUUUACAACCUUCAAGAAAAAAGGACAUAUUCCCACCCCUUCCAGAUCAGAAAGCAAAUACAAAAUCCAGUGCCCUACCUGCCAAUUCGUCUGGUGUUUUAAGUGCCACUCUCCUUGGCAUGAAGGUGUUAACUGCAAGGAGUACAAAAAAGGAGACAAAUUGUUGCGUCACUGGGCCAGCGAAAUUGAGCAUGGGCAGAGGAAUGCCCAGAAGUGUCCAAAGUGCAAGAUCCACAUCCAGCGAACUGAAGGAUGUGACCAUAUGACCUGCUCACAAUGUAACACUAAUUUUUGUUACCGAUGUGGUGAGAGAUACCGCCAGCUCCGAUUUUUUGGAGACCACACAUCAAACCUCAGUAUAUUUGGAUGCAAAUAUCGCUACCUCCCAGAGAGACCUCAUUUAAGGAGAUUAGUGCGAGGGUCAGUCUGUGCUGGAAAAUUAUUCAUUGCACCUCUAAUUAUGGUUUUGGGAUUGGCACUAGGGGCCAUAGCGGUUGUAAUCGGUUUAUUUGUAUUUCCUAUCUAUUGCCUUUGUAAAAAACAGAGAAAACGAUCACGGACAGGUAUGCACUGGUAACAUGCAGGUGAUUUCAUCCAGCUAAGCUGGUUGGAGUAGGAGCGAUACCAAAGGGUACACCCAUCUGUGAGUCACAUCUUGAAAAACACUGAGAGGAACCUUCUACCAUCUCAUCUCCCAGUGAUUCUCCGUGGGCCACAAUGCCUCUAGCUAUGGUGCACUCCCAACAUGGUAUCCUGUCCUUUCCCUAAACAAAUUGCUGCUGCUUUUAAAAAAUGGUCACUUUCAUAAACUAUAAACAUCUAUAUCAUAAUUCUGACCUUUGUGGUUCUUGGAAGAAGAUACUUUAAGAACCAGUUAUCCUAAGAAUUCUGAGCACGCCUCUUCUGAGAAUUGCUUGGACUGUCUUUGAACUCUGCACCUCCUUCCAGGCCAUCUUGUGAGACUUGGUGUGAAUAGCUGAAGUCCUAUGUGUACCAACAAGCAAGGCCACUUUUCAGAAGAUGAGAGUUCACUGAAUGCACCUAUUAUAAUCUGUGGCCCCAGCAGUAUAAUUCUUUUAUCUUUCAAAUGUUAUAAUUGCGAAAAGUCUCAAUGUCCAAAAGGGAAUGAGUGAAACUAAAUUAAUGAGAAGAAUACUAAGUUACUGAAGUGUAUAUGUGUAGGGGUGUGAAUGUGUGUGUAUAUAAAUAUGUAUUAAAACUAGGCCCAGUAACCUUGUACUUACCCAGUUCCAUGCCGCUACACUAUUUUUCCACAUUUUCAUAGACCUAUUGAAAGAUGAUGGUUCCUUUGUGGACAUAAUUUGGCAAUGUAUUAAAUUAAAGUCAAUGUAGACAACAGGCUAUUUCGAUACUGAACUUUUCUAUUUAUUGCUCUUUCUUUUUGUCACACAAACACAGAAAUUUGUGCAACGUCACCCCAAGGAGUAUUAAGCUUUGUAAACUGACAAAACUGGCUGCUUUUAGGAAAUUCUCAAGACCCAAAUAUUCAGUCUUUUUAAAAUUCUUACAUUUUGGAAAACAUGCUUCACUCUAUAGAUAGAGCCUUCACAUUGGGAUUAUUUAAUCCCAAAAACAAGUUUGCUGUAGAGAACUGCUUAAGCCUUUGAAAAAUUCCUAUUCUGCUAAUUUUUUAACCAACUUGUAAUUAUAGAUAAUUCUGCUUUAGGUCAAGGUCUUACAUCAUUUAAUAUCCUAACCUUGUUAUCUCUUGCCCCCUCCUCUCUGUUUUUAUUUGUUUUCAAGGUUUUUCAUAAAAACAAAUACUAGUUUUGAAGGAUUUUUUCUUACAUUUAACUGCUCAAACGUAAUAUUUUUGGGGACACCUUCUUAUGGAGGAGUUUGAAAACUUUUCAUGUUCUUGAGUUUGUCCAAUAUCAGCUGCUUUUGGAAAAGGAAACAAAAAAGUGAAGGAAAUAUUUUCAGGAAGUUUUUCUCAACCUACAAAAGCUUUAAAAAUAAGAAAUUGACAAGUAACUAGACUAUGAUAUGCCUUUGCUUUCAUCACAAAAGUUCAUCAGCAAACAGGAAAAAAAAAAGACCCCUAAAAAGCCUAAAGCUUUGAAUUGUCUCCAAAUUCUUAAAAUUAGUCAUCUGUCUUAGAUGUACAUUUAUUUGUCAGCAACCUUGUCUGAUUUGAAACAGAUGAUAUGAUAAAACAUGCAUUAACAUGAGUAGUUUAUUUUUGUUGGGCUCCAGAGUGUAAGAAUAUUUUAUUUUUGUUUGACAUAAAAAGUGAAGUUGACUUGCGUGAAUAACAAUCCAGCAUGCUUUCAUUCUUUCUGAAUAACACAGAAUAACUGUACUACAGCUUCUGGAUUCGUUGUCUAUUUCCAGUUAGAGGAGUGUGUGACAUUUAUGGUUUGGGAAUAGCAUAUUUCUAAAGCAUAAUAUAAUACAAGAAAUAGUGAUGCUCUGUUUUCACAAAUUUAUCUUUUCAUUCACCCAUCCAUCCAUUUAACAGAUAUUUAUUGAGUGCCUAUCUUAGGUGUAAUAGUAUUUAAGACUGAAAGAAGGAGAAUUUCUAACCUGUCAUAAGAGUAAGGUUUCGUAAAUUCAUCUUUCCUGAACUUAGGCAUUAGUUUGGCAAUAUGUGAAUAUGAUGAACUCUAAACCUAGCUGAUCUGUAUAUGUAUGAUGUAUAUAUGUCAUAUGUAUGGUAUAUAUGAAAUAUUCCCAUGACUGCAUAUGAACACAUAUGCCAUAUACAUAUAUACCAACGGGCUGAAUAACAUACUCUUUUGUCUUGGAUAAUCUGUUUUCUGGGUUAUGUAUCUGUUGUCUUUGGCCUACUCAGGGAUUUUUAUUUCUUUCUUUAAAUAACUUAUCUUUUGGACAUAUUUUUAUAUUAUUUGGAAAACUUUCCAAUAUUCCUGUUACAAAGUGGUGUCUGUUUUCAGUGAUGGCUAUUUCAUCAGUGCUUGAAAUAGUGUGCACUGUAUUGCACAGGUUUUUCAUUUUUCUAUUGAGUAGAUAUUUUUAAAUUAACAUACACAUUUUUCUCUUUAAAGGGUCAUAUCUAUUAGGCCUUUCCCUGCUGGUAACUUAAAAUGAUUAUUUGUGAAUUUUUUACCAAGUUUCAUCAAGAUCUUAAAAAGAGAGAAGAAAAUAAAAAGUAUUAUUUAUAUGUCAGUGCCAACUUUGAAGGUAAAACAGUAGUAGUAACUUUUGGGAGAAAUUCUAAAAACUACUUUAAAAAGAAGUGUGCACAUAAAAUAAAUAUCUUUCUAUCCAAGGCUUGUCAUUUUAUAUGCUUUUAUUGUAAAUUUAAUAUAUACUACUUUAAAAAAUUGAACUAUACAGAAUUUAUAAAAUACAACUUUCUCUACUUACCCCACCUCUUAUUUUCUAGGGGUAACCACUGUUAAUGGUUUGGUAUGUGUCCUUGCAGACACUUUCUACAAAUAUACAAAUAAGUGUGUUUGUGUAUGUGUCUGUGUGUGUAUUCAUUUUAUACAAAUAGAAAAAUAUUCUUACUGU